GCGGCGGGACGGCCGGGACUGGAGAAGCCUGAGCAGGCAGCAGGGGAAGUUCGAUGGGGCCCUCGGAGCUGGAGUGGGGGGCGAGGGCAAGGGUUGGGGGGGACCUGCCGGUCGGGGAGCAGAACAAGACAGGCAGCCAGGUGCCAGAGCUGAGGCUGUGGGGUUCAGUCUGCUUAGUGGCUGGGCUGGGGAUGGACGUCCAGAGCCCCAGGCAGGUGGGUACCCCUAGGGUUAUCCCACCACUUCUGCCAGGCUUCUUCUUGGGCAUUGGGGUGGGGACAGUGUUGCUACACCUGAGAGCUGACCUGCGAGGGAAGGCAGGACUUGAUUGUCCCACAUUAUCCCACCAGGACCCGUCCCUGCUCCUGGCCAUCACCAUCAUUGGGGUCACAGCGCUCCUGUUGGCCCUGAAGAACAUGAACUCAAAGAAACAGCUUGUCACCCUACGAGACCCUAACACCAAGUACCCACUGCCCUUGAUUGAGAAAGAGCAAAUCAACCACAACACCCGGAGGUUCCGCUUUGGGCUGCCCUCGCCAGACCAUGUCCUGGGGCUUCCUGUAGGUAACUAUGUCCGUCUCUUGGCCACAAUUGAUGAUGCUUUGGUUGUCCGGGCUUACACACCUGUGUCCAGUGAUAAUGACCGAGGUUUUGUGGACUUAAUUAUAAAGGUCUACUUCAAAAAUAUACACCCCAGACAUCCAGAAGGGGGAAAAAUGACUCAGUACUUGGACAACAUGAAAAUUGGGGAUACCAUCCUUUUUCAAGGGCCAGUUGGGCGCCUGUUCUACAGUGAACCAGGAAAGUUUUCAAUGAAGCCAAACAAAAUGAGUCAACCAGAAAUCAAAUUGGUUCAACACUUGGGAAUGAUUGCCGGUGGCACAGGCAUCACGCCCAUGCUGCAGCUCAUCCGCCACAUCACCAGGAACCCCGGGGACAGCACUACAGUGUCCCUCCUCUUCGCCAAUCAGACAGAGGAAGAUAUCUUGGUGAGAAAAGAGCUAGAAGAAGUUGCCAGAACUCACCCACACCAGUUCAACCUGUGGUACACCCUGGACAGGCCUCCUGCUGACUGGAGUUACAGUUCUGGUUUCAUUACCUCCGACAUGAUCAAGGAGCACCUCCCUCCCCCCGAGAAAUCCCCACUCAUCCUGGUAUGCGGCCCACCGCCCAUGAUUCACUCCGCCGCCCACCCGAGCCUGCAGAAACUGGGCUAUACCAAGGACAUGAUCUUCAUCUAUUAACACUACUCCUGCGUCUAGCAAUUUUGCUUGGUCCCCUUCAUCUGUUUAAAGUGAGUUCGACUUUCCUGUUAAACUGGAGUGUGUUCAAAAAUGUCAUGUAAAGCACCCUCAGGCACUCCUGUUUCCUGUAUGAGCCUGAGAAGAAGAGUUCGAGGGGCUGGAGACAAUGUGGCUUCUGAAGCCCUUCGGUUUGAGGAGACUUCGAGGAAACCGUUUCAAUAUAUUUUUUCCCCCAUAGUUUAACGAAAUAAACCAGUACAAAGCAGA